AUGAAUUAUAUGAUAUUGAUAUUAUCUUCUCUUAUCAUACUCGUGUAUAAAACCAAUGGUACUUAUGCGGAUCCUGUUCCACCUCAACCAAGUCAGUAUACAACAUCGCUUCUAGUGAAUGGACAGCGUACGAAAUACUAUGUAGACACAACUUUAUUUAGAGAUAGACUUGAUUAUGAUGGUCAAACUUUUAGUACCAUUAUAGAUUUCGAAACUUAUCGAUACUAUAAAUUAUCACAAGAUACAUGUUCAUGGGGACAAAUUCCUGGCAAAAUCGAACCUAUGUUAACAUUUCGAACUUAUGAAUUUAAAGGAAGCGUAACAUACAACAACAUAUCAUGCUAUAAAUGGAGCGGAUGUCAUAAUUAUGAGAUCCCACCAGCACCUUUUUAUUAUUAUGCAACAGUAAAAGAAAACUUACCAAUGGAUUUAAAUUUAUAUACUGUCGGUUCUGAUAUUCAAUUUUUUAACUUUACAUAUGGCCCUCCUCCAUCAAAUGUAUUUGAUAUUCCGAAGAAUUGUACUCAAACAGAAUUUGAUCUAUCAAUACAUCCGACAUUAUUAUAUGAAAUACAUUAUUUCCUGAAAAAGAUGCAUUCUGGUCGUCCGAUUAUUGUUCUAUCAGAGCAAGAAAAAGACUUAAUUCGACUUGAAUUUCAUAAACUUGUUCAAGAAAAAGUGUAUCCAACUUAA